GACAUGACAACAACAAGACGUGCAUUUUGAGCGAGCGUGUUUUCGGUUCAAAUAGUCUCCAGUCUCAGUAUCUCAUUGCCAAAAUGCGCGGAAUUCAGCUGAGAGAAUAUGUCAAGGGGCCGCAAGAGCUCAAGGUGACCGACCUUCCAGACUCCGUCCCUGGGCCGGGUCAAUACUUGAUAGAAGUCCAUGCCGCCGCGGCAAACUUCUUUGAUAUCCUGCAAAUCCAAGGGAAAUACCAAAACCAACCCCCAUUCCCCUGGAUCUCGGGCUCCGAGUUCGCCGGCGUCGUCCUCGCCGCCCCCUCGGCCGUCGACGGCCGGCCGCCCAGGUUCCCCGUCGGCUCGCGCGUCUUCGGCGCCAGCCAGGGCGCCUACGCGACAAAGGUGUGCUCGCCCGAGGCCUCCCUGCUCGCCGUGCCCGAGGGUUGGUCCUUCCGCGACGCCGCGGGCCUCUUCGUGACGGCCCCGACCAGCUACGGCGCCCUCGUGGUGCGCGCGGGCGUCAAGGCUGGCGACCACGUGCUCGUUCACGCGGCCGCCGGCGGCGUCGGCCUGGCCGCCGUCCAGGUCGCCAAGGCCAAGGGCGCCGUCGUCAUCGCCACCGCCGGCACCGCGCGCAAGCUCGAGGUGGCAAAGGCGUUUGGCGCCGAUCACGUGGUCGACUACAACGACCCGGACUGGCCGGCCAAGGUCAAGAAGCUGACCCCCAAGGGCCGCGGCGUCGACAUCGUCUACGACCCCGUGGGCAUGGUGGACAAGAGCACAAAGUGCGUCGCCUGGAACGGCCGCAUCCUCGUCGUGGGCUUCGCCGCAGGCACCAUCGAGAAGCUGGCCCUGAACAAGGUCCUGCUCAAGAACAUCUCCAUCGUCGGCAUCCACUGGGGUGCCUACACCAUCAACGAGCCCGCCGCCAUCACCGAGGUCUGGAACGGCAUCCGCGACCUCAUCCGCCAGGGCAAGUUCAGGGGCACCGAAUUCACCGACAAGGAGUUUGUCGGGCUCGAGGCUGUCCCGGCGGCCCUCCAAGCUCUGGGAGGAAGGGAGACGUGGGGCAAGGUUAUCAUCACCGUCCCCCAGGGCGAUGAGGCAAAGCUGUAGGACGCCGGGCGGCUUCUGUAUACACAAACAUUGCCCGUCUGGUAUAAAACAGAUAAACAUGGCGGCACCCUGGCGAUCCUGACUGCGAUUACAACGGGGAAUACAUAGAUGAAACAUGGUCUCUGAUAUGCCAUGUCCGCUUCCGCUGCUCUCCAGUACCGUCAUUUCCCUCCGAGGCCACUGCCCUCAGGCCUGUCCGCCACCCGGCGUUG